AUGGUGAUAGCAUUGCAGAGAAUGACAAAACUGAGCAUCGUCAUUCUGAUUUUAGUCGGAAUAAUUGACUUUAUACCAGUAAUUUAUUACACUUCGAUACACAAGGGAACAGGCACAACGAAGAUACCAGUAAUCGAAACAAUUCCAGGCGUUUAUGAUGAAGAAAAUGGCAGUCUCAGAAGUGCAGUAAAUCAAGGCAGUGGACGGCGUCGUGACUAUUCUAGUGACGGGUGUAUUUCAAACGACCGAGCUGGAAUCAUGGAAACGUUGUCAAUUAGCCAACAUUGUCACCAUGUCCCAGGCAAUGCCACAUGUCGACAAUUCGUGAAGUUAAUAAAAGGAUCGCACUCGUUCCACAAAAGAAAGGAGAUCAAAAACUGCGAGGAGUUUCGGCAAUUACAUGGAUAUUAUAAUAAACCAGAGACAACAACUGAAACGCAAUUUCCUCUGGCAUUUGUCAUCCUUGUAUAUACAUCAGUUCCCCAGGUAGAACAGUUACUACGAACUAUUUACAGACCCUGGAACUUUUACUGUGUUCAUAUUGAUGGAAAAUCAUCGGCGCAAUUCCAUCGACGGAUUAAAACAAUCACGAAGUGUUUUCCUAACCUGUUACUCUCAUCGCAAUCUGUUACAGUUCACUGGGCGUCCAUUUACGUACUUGAAGCAGAAAGGAUUUGCCAAAGAGACUUGCUACGUCAUAGCGACAAGUGGAAGUAUCUUCUCAACCUAUCUGGUCAGGAAUUUCCAUUGAAAACUAACCUGGAAAUUGUCGAAGUCUUGCAAGAAUUGAACGGUACUAAUGAUGUUAUGAGUUUAGGAAAUCCAGAUGGAAGUGGAUACAACACUUGGAGACAACAUGUGCGAUAUAUUGUCGACCCGUAUAAUGGAAUACAGAGAACGAACAACAAAAAGACUGAACCCAUUCCGGGUAAUGUCGCUAUUUACAAAGGUGAGCUUCAUACUGCUUUAACAAGACAAUUUGUUGAAUACCUGCAUAAAGACCCCAUAGCUAUUGCAUACUACAAUUGGCUUAAUGAUACAUAUUGUCCAGACGAACACUACUACCAAUCACUCAAUGUACUGCACAACGCACCAGGAACAACUGGCAUUAUUAAUAAUCAACUGUUGUGUCGAGCUAAAGUGUGGGUUACUGAGCCAAACUCGUAUGUAUGCAAGUCGCGUCGUGUCAAACGCGGAAUAUGCAUAUUUGGACGAUUGGAUUUACCUUGGUUGCUUGAGCAACCUCAGCUCUUUGCUAAUAAGUUUCAUUUCAACGAGGAUCCACUAGUGUUAAAUUGUUUGGAAGAAGCACUCAAUUACCGAGUGUUUAACCCUAUACAUUUAAAUAUCGAUCUUUAUCACAACUUUUCAAAGAGCAGAAAAUGGGGAAUCAGGAAUACAUUACAAUCAUUUAAAUUGCUUCCUUCUCAAGUUUAG